UCUGUGAACGCAAAUAGAUCCGAGAAUAGACGUUUACUCAGAAUGAAAGAACGAGAGAUCUGACAGAGUGAAGGAAAGAUUCCCUGAGAUCAGCUCUUCACCAUCAGGUCGAUCCUCUCGCAGGAUUUUAAAAGUUCGGCUGAAGUCUCUGUCUCCAUCUGACUCUCGGUACGAUGGAGCCUGCUGAGCUGCUGCUCAUCAAAGACCAGCAUGACUCGGCGUUUCACUCCCUGAGUCGUGGGUUGACUGCCGAAGAGGCCGGGGAAAGAGCCGAGGCCCUGGAUUAUUACAGAAAGGGCCGCCAGCACCUGACCUAUGGGGUGGAGGUUCCCACUGGGGGGGAGAGGCACCAGGGAGCGGCCUGGGACACGGCCAGGCAGCUCCAACAGAGAAUGAGGGACGCACUGAGGACUGUCAACACCCACCUCUCUGACCUGGAGACCUCCCAGCUGACAACAGGAGACCAGAGGCAGCGACUGUCACUGGACCUCAACAGUCAGCCUCCCAGUGGCUCUUUCCUCCACCUGUACCCCACCAUCCCUCCCAACCAGAACACAACCCCAGCCCAAACCCCAAUUCCACUCCCUCCCCGUCCUGUUUCCCCUGCUCUGUGCAGAUACACCCUCUCUGCUGCGGCUCCAGGAGCUAUAGCCAUGGCUAAUCCAGGGGACCAGCCUCCAGCGUACACACCAAAUCCCUCAGACGGGCACCGCAGCCUGGUUUACGGCCCUGCUGGAGCCGGGCUCUGGUCGGGGCAGCGGAGCAGAGCGGCAGCAGCAGGACGAGAUGGAAACGAGCUGCUCCUCGUCCCCACUGGUGUGCAGAUGUUUUUUGUGGCACCUAACGGACAGGUCAGCUCCUUGUCUAAUCCAGGGUACCUGCGUGUCAUCACAUUUGAUGCUGAGAACAAGGACUCCACUGGGGGAAGACCCUCAGCAUUCCUCCAUGUGUGUGAUUGGCUGUACCCACUGACAGCAGAGACACCGGUGCUGUUGGCCAACUCCGGGAUCUUCAUGUUCCCUGACUCCUUGGCAGAUACGCCCGGGUCCUACGUGGGCAUUGUGCUGUCCUCUGAACUGCCCGCAGCCUACAGAGAUAUGUUUGUUGACAUCCUAUCACAGCUCUCCGAACUCAGGAUCCAGGGUCCGGAGGGGUCAGAUGUCGUCAACCUGAGUAUGAAAGUCCCCCUUGGUCCCUCGCAGCACCAGACAGGACUGACUGUGGAGAAUGAAAAACGACCAUUUCCUGGAUGGAGUGAGAAGAUUGCACAAGGAAUCCUGACAGGAGCGUCACGGUUUAGUCUAGAGUUGGUAAAAGGAGCAGAGGCCACAGGUCGGGCCAUCCAUAAAGGAGCGGCCAAGAUCCGGGAGCAUGUCACGCCUGAGGACACGCCCUCAGAGGUCAGCCCCCGGGUCAGCAAAGGUCUGCAGGCGGCUAAACAGGCCACCGGGGGUGCUGUGCGAGUCAGCCAGUUCUUGGUUAAUGGAGUGAGUACAGUGGCAGGACAUGUGGCAGAUAAGAUGGCGCCACACGUUAAAAAACACGGUGCUAAACUGGUCCCAGAGUCCAUGAAGAGCAAAGAUGGCAAGCCUUCCAAUUUGGAUGGAGCCAAGUUAGUGGCAGCCACCAGCGUUCAAGGUUUCUCUACAGUUUGGUCUAGUCUGGAGACUGGAGCAAAGCUGGUUGGCAAAAGUGUUACAGCCGAGACCGUCACAACUGUGACCUACAAGUACGGUAAUGAUGCAGGUGAGGCCACGGACAAAGCUCUGCAGUCGGUGGUCAAUGUCGGCAUGACUGCGUACCACAUUGACAACCUGGGCAUCAAAGCCUUCAUGAAGAGCGCAGGCAAGCAGACGGCCAAGGCCAUGAUCAAAAAACCAGACGGAGAGACAGCCGAAAUUAAGGGGAAGGAGGCGCCGAAGAAAGAGGAGGAGGUGCCGAAGAAAGAAAAGGAGGCGCCGAAGAAAGAAGAGGAGGUGUUGAAGAAAGAAAAGGAGGCGCCGAAGAAAGAAGAGGAGGUGUUGAGGAAAGAAGAGGAGGUGCAGAAGAAUGAAGAGGAGGUGAGGAAGAAAGAAGAGGAAGGGAUGAAGAAAUAAGAUUUCCACAGGAUGUGCUUAAGUGCGAGGUCUGAUUGAUGGGUCACUAUCUCAUUUGUACAUUUAUAAAAGGAAAACUAGGCCAUUUGUUUUUUGAAGAGAUGUUUUUUUGUUUUAGCUAAGGAUUUAAAAACAAGCUCAGGUAGUAGCUGAAAUCAAAAUCCAGAUCUAUUUUAAGCUAAGUUAAGUUAAGUUAUUUAUAUAUCUCUAGGUUUUGAAUUGUCAUAAUGUGAUUUUGAACUUAGAUAACAGUAUUUUCUGUAUGUUCUUUACAACAACCUGUUCACUGGCUAAAGGUCUACUAGUGGAUUUAAAGCUACAGCCGGAUAUGACCUCCUUCAUAUUAAGAUCUGUAUGUAUCUUGUGAUAUUAUGCACAAAUGUUAAAUAUAAAAAAAUCUCACAUUUAACUGAUUAUUCGACAUUAUUUGCUUAAGGGUUUUUUAGAGAGGGGUGAAAAAAACAAGAUAGGAUAAAACAAGAUAACUCUUUAUUAAUCCCACAACUGGGAUAUUUUCUGCAUUUCAGCAGCAAAGUCAAUAGUUAAACUAAGAAGCAUUACUAAAGAGUAAUUAAUAAAUACACAUAGAA